CUUGCAGCUGGUAUUGAUAGAUGCUACGAGUGCUAACAGCUAGUCGUGUUGGAUAACUAAAGUGCUGCAACUCCAUUGUCAUGGCCCAUUUAAAGUUUCUGGCCUAUACAUUUACUUUAAAGUGAUAAAAACACGUUUAUUUCGAUAAACUAGGAGUACGAAAUCUAAGUUGAAACCGAUGGCAGCUAAGAUUAGCUAGCUACCCACACAGCUACUGACGUUAGCGCCCGGUUGCCUGACAACAGAGACGAAGCCCAACAAACCAGCUCACAGCUAGCAGGCUAACAACGCACUAGCUGGCUGAAGGAGAUCAAGAAUUGGUCUAGUCUCAUAUUAUUUAGACAUUUAGUUGUAUGUUUGGCAGAUGGUAAUUUACAGACUAUGGCGGAUGACGGUAAUGUUAGACGAGGAGAUGAAGAUGAUCGCGGUCCCGGAGCAGCUCAUCAGGUGUUUGUAGUGAUGGAGUGUUUACUGGAGAAGUUAAAGGUGUUAAAUUAUGAGGAGGAAGUUCUGGCCAAACACAACAUGAAAAACCUGUCCAGACAUUACUUCGUCUCCAGUACAUAUCUGGCGUCCAACCCGGGUGAGCAGUUCUACAUGUUCACCAUCAUCGCAGCGUGGCUCAUCAGCACGGCAGGGAGGCCGUUCACUGAGCCUCAGGAGUACGACGAGCCCAACGCCACCGUGUCCAACAUCCUGGCAGAGCUCAGGGCUUUCGGGGUUAAAGUGGACUUCCCGCCCUCCAAACUGAAAUCAGGUUCAGGCGAACACGUCUGCUUUGUGCUGGACCGACUGGCUGAAGAGGCUCUGAGGAGGAGGGGCUUCUCCUUCAGAAGACCAAACUACCCAACAGAAACCACAGAAGAAGAGUCGGUGAUAGAGGACGACGCAGAGCUCACACUCAGCAAAGUAGAGGAGGAGAUGAUCGAGGAGCCUGAGGAGGAGGAAGAAGAGAACGUGAUGGACCUGGAGGCUCUGAAGCUACGAACUACUCACACUGAAGCCGAGCCGUCCUCCAAACCAGAUGAGAUUCUGGAGUCGACUGUUGAUGCAGCAGAGUGGAACCUGGAGGUGGAGAGAGUCCUGCCACAACUCAAAGUCACCAUCAGGACAGACAACAAGGACUGGAGGAUCCACGUGGACCAGAUGCAUCAGCACAGAGACGGGAUCAAGUCCUCUCUGAAAGAGGCCAAGAGCUACCUGGACAAACUGCAGGAGGACAUCGGCAAGACUCUUGAGAAGGUGAGCAGCAGAGAGAAAUACAUCAACAACCAGCUGGAGCCUCUGAUCCAGGAGUACCGCAGCGCUCAGGCCAAACUCAGCCAGGCAAAGGAGCGCUACCAGCAGGCCAGUGGAGGAGUGACUGAGAGGACCAGAGUCCUGGCAGAGAUGAGUGAGGAGCUGGAGAAGGUGAAGCAGGAGAUGGAGGAGAAAGGCAGCAGCAUGUCUGAUGGAGCUCCGGUGGUGAAGAUCAAGCAGAGUUUGACCAAGUUGAAGCAGGAGAUCGUUCAGAUGGACGUGAGGAUCGGCGUCGUCGAGCACACGCUGCUGCAGGCCAAACUCAAAGAGAAGUCCAACAUGACACGCGACAUGCACGCCACCAACAUCCCUGAGCCCGCCGCCGGACCCUUCGCUUAGCGUCACCUGCUCACUGGGCCCUUCUCUGAGCUCCACCUGCACACUGGGCCCUUCUCUGAGCUCCACCUCCACACUGGGCCCUUCUCUGAGCUCCACCUGUGCACUGGGCCCUCCUCCUCCUGAGCUCCACCUCCUGAUGUGACUCUUUUUCCCUGAAUGUCACUUAUUUAUUUCUUUGUUUCUGUUUUUUAAUGAACAUGAAAUAAAUUUUGAUGCAGAUCAUUUCUUCAGAUGUUAAAGUGAAAUUUGUUUUGUUAAACAUUUACUCCAACGUGACCACUAGAUGUCGCCAGAAGAGAAAUUUCUGACUUUCAGUUUUACAGCUUUCAUUUGAAACAUGUGUAAUAUGUGUGACAGAAUUCAUACGUGUGAAAUGUUCUCAGCAGGCAGUUCUGAACAGAGACUAGAAAACCAAACAAUAAAGUAGCAGAGGGAUCGUGAGCGACACCGUGAGAGACUGAGCUUUUUCAACAAGCGAAGGGUUUGAACUUCAGCAACAGCUGGACAAUGUGCAGCCGACAUUUGGUCCAGUCACAGGAUCGUGAAAUCAGUCUGUGAUUCUUUAGAUUUGGUUCCAUGUAUUUCCAUGUCGUUGAAUCAGAACGACACAUCUAUUUAAACCUGUUUUUACUGAUGCUGUUUGAAGCUGCUGCAGGCUCAGUGAAUAUAGGAGCCAAAGCGUCCUAAAUGUGAUUUGGACUAUGGAAUAGGCCUUUAUUUCAUUUCUAUAAGUUAGUUGCCGACUGCCAUGUCCUACUUUGGACAUUGAAAUUCAGUUUAAUGGUAUUUCACAUUGUUGUACUUUCUCAGUCUCUAAUUAAUGUUUAGAUUGAUAACUUUGGAUAUAUUUGUACUAAGCAUGUUUUAGUUCGGUAGAUGAGCCUAGGUAACUCUUUUAUUUUGCUUCGAGCUCAUGUUCAUUUUUUAAGGUACUGGCCCUUUAAGGGACUCAGAGACGUGCUUCGCUGUCUGUGACGGAAGGCGGUGAGCGGUGAGGGAGAGACGGCGGUGAAUUUGUACUACGAGUAUACAGUUUUCUUACCAUAACUGAAGUAUUAUUUCGUGGCAAAUAGCCAAGUUUA